AUGUCCGAUCCGAACAAUCCGAACAUCAAGCAGAGGACUACCCCACAGUGGUCUCUGUACCGUCGUGACGCCUUCUGGAAUUCAAACUACGGCGAAUAUCCCAUAUUCAACACCGACCCAGCCGAGAUUGAAAGACUAGCUAAGGAAAAAUUAUCACAAGGUGGAUGGUAUUAUUCCUCGUGUAAUGCCGGUGUCUCCUGGACACAUUUAGCGAAUCGACAAGCUUUUUACCGCCAUCGUAUUGUGCCACGCACAUUGGUUGAUACAAAUAUCAGAGACACGGCCGCGGAGAUGUUUGGCCACAAAGUGUCGGCACCGAUUGGCUUCGCUCCAAUUGGCAUCAACCGCAUCUACCACCCUACUGGCGAGUUAUCUGUGGCUAAAGUUGCCGAAGAGCUGAACCUUGCUUACUGUCUCUCUUCUGCUGGUAGUAACAGCAUCGAGGACGUUGGAAAAGCAAACGGAGACGGGCCUCGUUUCUUCCAGUUGUAUCAAAGUCACGAUGAUGAGCAGGCUAUCUCCAUGAUGCAGCGUGCUUGGGACUCUGGUUUUGAUGCGUGUAUGCUGACCACUGAUACUUGGUCACUUGGCUGGCGGCACAAUGAUGUCUUUACUGGCAAUUAUGCUUUCUAUCAUGAGCAUGGAGCAGGUGACCUCGGUCUCCAGGACCCAGUUUUCCAGAGGCGCCUGAAAGAAGCCGGUAUUGAUCCGAAAACCCACCCAAAAGAGGCGGGCGCAAAGUGGAUCGACGAGAACAUUUGGCACGGCCGAGCCCAUACGUGGGAAAAAGUUCAGUGGACAACUGCCCAGUGGAAGAGGAUCAGCGGUGGCCGGCCGUUCUGCAUUAAGGGGAUUCAGAGUGUUGAAUCGGCAAAAAAAUGCGUUGAAAUGUUUGUCAAUGCCUCCGUGCAAUUUCUGGAACCACGCUUACUAUCCAUUAGGGGCAUUGAUGGUAUUGUCGUAACAAAUCACGCCGGUCGACAGGUUGAUGGCGCCAUUGCGAGCCUAGAUGCCCUUGAAAAGAUUGUCGACGCGGUUGGAGAUAAGAUCUACAUUAUGUUCGACUCUGGUGUGCGCUGCGCUGCCGAUGCUUUCAAGGCCCUGGCCCUUGGGGCCAAAUUUGUCUUCCUGGGGCGCCUCUGGGUAUGGGGGCUCAGUAUUGCCGGUGAGCCUGGCGUCCGCCAUGUGAUGAAGAGUUUCCUUGCGGAAUUCGAUAUUCUGAUGGAAGAAGCGGGCUUCCAAUCGAUCGACCAAAUUGAUAGAUCAGCUAUUGAUAGUCUCCCUAACUCUGCGAACCUGAUUGCGGAGCAUUCUCGUAUCUGA